AUGACGUAUGUGCUCAAUCCACUCCCUCUACUCUCGUACUUCACUGCGGCUUUGGAACAACUCACAACUGCUAUGGCGGACGACCGUACUAUCGCACUUAAGACGCAGAUUUGCAACGCAGCAGUCGGCCAGCAGCAGUUGCGACCGAUAUUCACAUCCUUGAACGGAGACAAUUCAUGGCUUCUUUCCUUCCCACGACCCGUAGAAGAGCGGAUUACCAGCGGGAAAGCGUACUACCACAUCGUACAUGACCCAUGGUUCAACGGUGCUGUCAAUCUAUUGGGGAUAUGGCUAGCAAGCUUCAGCCUGUCGUCUCCACCCGCCGUCAACAACGGAAGCGAUGUAGAAGGCAUUGCGCGCGACGUCGAAGCUGCAGCCGCAGACGCCGGGAUCCUUCCUACCACAGCACCCAUCACUCAAGAUGCUUCACCGAUCGAUGCGAUCUUCGUCCGCUUCCACUACGACGACCACCUGCACAAGCCGACACUGCUGACUUUCGCGUCAAGCAUACCCGUGUUCGCGACAACAGAAGCGAGCGCGAUCAUUCGCCGCUGGAACCACUUCGACAACAUCAUCACCACCCAAGACCUGGAGCCGGGUCUCUUCGACGGCGACUGGACAUCGCUGCAUCCAGGCAGCCCAUUACCAACCUGGCUAACCGUCUUCCGAGCCCGCGGCCACCACGAGCUUAACUUCGCCAGCGCAAUCAUUUACACGCCUUCACCGGACGUACACGAAGCGACUCUUUUGCGAAGAUCGUCGCCGGACUUCAAGGUGCUUGCUCUGCUUCACGGUCUCAAAGAGAGCUGGACGUUCAACUGGCAGACCACGUUCGGCGUUGCGACUGGGUUGGAGUUGCAAAGGCAGACGGACGCGAAGUACUGGAUUGCGACACACAACUCGCCGCUGAGGUAUCGAGGGCUGCUGUGGAUGAUUGUUACGGAUAUCUCCCGAACGCUGGAGUGGGCGCUAGGCAAAGAGAACGCAUCGGAUUUAGAACAAAAGGAAGUCAAUGUCGUGGGCGUAGAGAACGGCGGAUUCUUCGUGCUAAAGUAG